GCUUCACUUCCUGCCUAAGCUCCGCCCCUUCUUGUGUGCCUACAGGUGACUGCUGGCUGCUUGCCGCCAUCGCCUCUCUGACCCUCAACGAGGAGGUCCUCACACGAGUUGUCCCUCAUGGACAGAGCUUCAGGGACGGAGAGUAUGCCGGCAUCUUCCACUUCCAGUUUUGGCAGUUCGGGGAGUGGGUGGACGUGGUGAUUGACGACCGUCUUCCGGUCAAAGACGGAGAGCUGAUGUUCGUCCACUCGGCUGAGGGGAGAGAGUUCUGGAGCGCGCUGCUGGAGAAGGCCUACGCCAAGUAAGACACGAGUCUGAGAGAGCACGAGUCUGACAGAGAACAUGAGUCUGACAGAGAA